AUGGCUCCGACAAACACUACGAGCCAUCCUUCACCCUUCCCAGCCACCAUCGCCAUCAUUGGCGCCUCCCUAACUGGCCUCUCGCUCGCCCUCUCCCUCCUCCAAUCCCAGCUCUUCCAGCCUCCGCAAAUCACCAUCUACGAGCGGCGCACCGCUCCGGCCCCGCAGUUCUCGCCAGCAAAUCUGCCGCUGAACUCACCUACCAGCGACCCCGAGCACAACCACCCCAGUGCCAGCCUCAACCCCUCCGGCCUCGACCCCUCCGGCCUCGACCCCUCCACCACGGCCUCCGGCGUCGUGCUAACUCCCAAUGGCCUCUCAGUCCUCUCGGCGCUGCAGAUCCUGCCGCGCAUCGCGCCGCGCUGCUGGACGAGCGCAUACCGGACGUACCGUAACGAUGCGGACGAGCUGGUGCGGAAGGUGCAGGUUAGUGGCGAGGAGGUGUACGGGUACCGCAACCACCGGUGCUGGCGGGGGCUGCUGGUUGGGGAGAUGCUGGAGAUGGCAAGGGAGGCGGGAGUGGUGGUGCGGUGGGGGUGGAGGUUUAGUGGGGUUGAGGAGGGUGGAGGAGGAGCUGGGGUGCGGUUUGUUGUGGAGAGGGUGGGGGACGCGCGAGAAGUGGUCUCGGCGGAUUUGCUGGUGGGCGCUGAUGGGAUAUACUCGACGGUUCGGAAGCAUUUGGACCCCGUGGCGGCGCCGGAGUAUACUGGCACAACGGGAGUGCUUGCGCAUAUUCGGUGGGAGCAUGUGGCGUGGCCGGAGGUGCCGGAGGGGGAGUACGAGAGGCAGUGCACAUUGCAGGGGAAGCCGGGCGCGCUGUUCUGGAUACCAGAGGAUCAAGAGGGAAGUGUGGUCAUGGUUGGUAAGCAGGUACGGGUCGACGGCGAGAGGAGUCGAGAGGAGUGGGACAAGUUGUCGCGGAACAAGGAGUACCUGUGCGGCUUCUACCGGCAGGACUACGGGGAAUGGGGGAGUACGGGCAGAAAGAUCAUUGAUGCGGUGUGUAGGAACCGGGACACAUUGUAUUUGUGGCCGUUCAUGCGGAUGGCGAAGCUAGAGCGGUGGUUCUCACACCAGGGCAAUGUCAUCAUCAUGGGGGAUGCGGCGCACGCGCUACCGCCGAGUAGUGGGCAAGGAGUGAAUCAGACGCUUGAGGAUGUCUACGUGCUGACAAGAGUGCUCGAGCUGGUGAAAACUGGGAGGAAGGACUUGCAAGAAGGGCUGAGAUGGUGGCAAGAGAAGAGACAACAGCGGAUCGAUCAAGUCUUUGAUUGGGCGACGAACGCGACGAACGUGCAGAGGCUACCGCAGGCGGAGAGGGAGAAGUUACUGAAGGAAGGCGGUGCCAAGUCGCAGCAGGAGACGGACGAUAUGCGGUGGCUAUAUAAGCCGGGGUGGGAUGAGGUGAUGGCGACGUGGGUGGCAAAUUGA